CGUUGUCUGACCUUGAAACAAUUGUAAGCAUAAAGAUAGUGAUAAAUUGUCUAGCCUUUGGCAAAAACCUACUUGAGUUCGAUUUCCACAGAAGCUGCUAAAACGAAGAGAACAACAUUGUUUCAUUUCUGCUGGGAUUCGCUUGGUAUGCUCGCGGCUUGGUGAUCUGUGCUAUUCAAUAAUAAUAAAGCUGGUGCAUCAUGUUGCAUUCUGAGAUCCAUACACCGAUGGGAUUUAUUUCAUAACAGUUAUCAAGGCGGUUGAUUUACGAAGCGUAAGAAAUUAUCUAGGAGAUAAUCCACUACAAAUCAGCCUGAUAUUGAAAACGUCUAUUCCAAUGUCAGACACUCCUGGUGUUAUUCCUAACAUGCCUGUUGGUUCACAUCAGUCAUCUACUAGUGCAAAGUCUAAUACAACUAAACGAAAAGAGAUAUAUAGAUACAAUGCUCCUUGGUGUAUUUUCAGCAUGAACUGGUCUGUCAGACCAGAUAAACGCUUUCGUUUAGCUGUGGGUAGUUUCAUUGAGGAGUACAAUAAUAAGGUUCAAAUCAUAUAUCUAGACGAUGAACAAGGAGAGUUCGUUGUACAAAGUACGUUCGCACAUCACUACCCAACGUCAAAAAUCAUGUGGAUCCCUGACACAAAGUGUAUUUUCCCUGAUUUACUUGCCACAAGUGGUGAUUACCUUCGUGUUUGGAGAAUAAAUGAAGAUUCUGAAGUGAAAAAUGAAUGCUUAUUGAAUAAUAAUAAGAAUUCGGAUUAUUGCGCCCCACUUACUUCCUUUGAUUGGAAUGAAGUAGACCCGAAUAUCAUUGGAACUUCUAGCAUCGAUACUACAUGCACUAUCUGGGCCCUUGAAACGGAGCAGGUGAUCGGCCAUACAAAUGUCGUAAGUGGACGUGUAGAAUCUCAGUUAAUAGCCCAUGACAAAGAAGUAUAUGACAUAGCUUUCAGUCGUGCUGGAGGCGGAAGAGAUGUUUUCGCCAGUGUUGGUGCAGAUGGUUCUGUACGUAUGUUUGAUCUUCGGCAUUUGGAGCAUUCUAAUAUCGUGUAUGAAGAUUCAAAUCAUUCCCCACUUUUACGCUUGGCUUGGAAUAAGCAAGAUGCAAACUAUCUAGCGACAUUUGCAAUGGACUCCGUAGAAAUAAUUAUUUUGGAUUUACGUGUACCAUGCACCCCAGUAGCUCGUUUAAACAAUCACAGAGCAUUUGUAAAUGGAUUAGCAUGGGCACCACAUUCAAGUUGUCAUUUAUGUACAGCAUCUGAAGAUUGUCAAGCUCUUAUCUGGGAUAUUCAGUCUAUGCCAAGAGCAAUAGAAGAUCCUAUUCUAGCAUAUACAGCUGCCGGUGAAAUUAAUCAAAUUCAAUGGUCAUCAACACAACCAGAUUGGAUAGCCAUUUGUUAUAAUAAUUCGUUAGAAAUUUUACGAGUAUAAUAUUUACUGUUUAUUUCUUAUUUUAUCAACUGGUUUAAAGGUGUACUAUAAUUAUGAUCAAAUAUUAUUUCUUCCUUUAUGCUUACUAAUUGUUGUACGUUGUUUUCAUGCGUUUAAUUAUUAUUCUUUUCCAAAUAUCCUGAAUAAUUUAACUGUGUACUAUUAUCGAGAUACAUAUGAAUCAAUUUCAAAUGUUGUUUUGUACAUUCACUUGAAAACAUUUGUGUUUGUCUAAUUAAUUUAUAAAAUUUCUUAAAAAUUACCAUUAUAAAACAGGAAGUUCUUCAAUAAUAGUUGUAUUCAGCAGGAUCUGUGUACAGAAACAAAUCAACAUUUACUCGAUUUUGGGAAAAUGACAGACAAAAUAUAAUCGACUCUUGUGGGUUUAUUUUCAUGUCGCUGAUGUGAAAGUGUAGUAUGGUGAAUCAAUAAACAAACAUUUGUCUUAGUUUAUGAUGUGUUUAACUUUCAAGUCCAGUUGAUGUCCAUUUGGCACCUUUAUGAGCUAUGUCUAUUUUUGUGUGUUGUACGAAAGCAACGAACAAUGGCGACGUCGUGCAGAACGUUAAUGAAAUAUUUACGACGAAGUAUCAAGAUCCAAAAAAGUCAAACAAAAUUGUCAAGGCAUUGAGCAAAUAUUCUCCUACUAUAUCGAAACCAUGACUUACAAGUCUUACAGCAACUAAAACACUUUUAAACUACUGAAUCGAAAUCCGAUUUCAAAGAUUUUCCAUUUUUUCACUUUAAAUUCAAUAUUUUGGUAUUGUCAUCUGGUGUUAGUGGUGUGGAUAUCAAUGUAGUGAACGAGAAAUCAACUGCGGAAAACCAGUUUAUUCCUUAAUGCAAAAUUACAGAAAUUUGAAAACCAUACAUUAAAUGCAUGGUUUGCACACCUUAUUUGAGUUAUCCUGUACAUGUUUUAUGUUUCUUUCAAUUCUGUUGUUAGUACAAUAGCUCGGUAUUUCUCUUCCUAUUCUCUUCAAUUUAAUUUUUUGCUAGCAGGCAUUCCACUUCCGAUUGACGCUACAUACUACCUAAGUCUGUCAGCAUAAGUAGCAUGCACCGCAACUAAAGCAUUACCAAAUAUCAGUUUUGAAUCUAUUAAAGAAUCUAACUAUAUGGCUGAGAUACACGCGAAAUCAAAG